AUGGGCGGGUGUGCUUGGAAUGGGCGGGUGUACUUGGAAUGGGCGGGUGUACUUGGAAUGGGCGGGUGUACAUGGGAUGGGCGGGUGUACAUGGGAUGGGCGGGUGUACAUGGGAUGGGCGGGUGUGCUUGGGAUGGGCGGGUGUGCUUGGGAUGGGCGGGUGUGCUUGGGAUGGGCGGGUGUGCUUGGGAUGGGCGGGUGUGCUUGGGAUGGGCGGGGUGUGCUUGGGAUGGGCGGGGUGUGCUUGGGAUGGGCGGGGUGUGCUUGGGAUGGGCGGGGUGUGCUUGGGAUGGGCGGGGUGUGCUUGGGAUGGGCGGGGUGUGCUUGGGAUGGGCGGGUGUGCUUGGGAUGGGCGGGUGUGCUUGGGAUGGGCGGGUGUGCUUGAAAAGGGUUGUUAAAGGUCACCUGUAUCGUCUUUCUGUAAUAUUUGUAUUGUUUAUUGUAGGUGGAGUUACAUUACUCAGAGCUGCAGCCAAGAAUCAUGGCAGAGUGACCGUAGUAUGUGAUCCAAAUGACUACAACAGAUAA